AUGGCGGACUUCAAGUUGAAGGUGGAUGAAUCCAACAAGGCAACGGAGUUGCCCCUGCUCCGCAUCUGCGGCACUGUUCAGCAGAAUCCACAUAUGCGAGCAUUCGUGGCCCAUAUUGCUUGGCCCCCUCCAGAGGACGAUCGCUACCUGGACUGGCGAAACCGCAGCAGACAUUUGCUCAGGGAAGCAUUUCGGAGGCACUGUUUCUUUGCUUUUUUGGCACAGGACCGCAGAGACAGCCGGAUGUUGCGAGAUCUUGUCGUCUACGAUGAAGAAGUGGUCGCACGUGCGCGCGCCCUCUACCGCAAGAGCCGUCACUCAUGCAGAGCGGUCCUGUUAGGAGCUGCAUGGUCGUCGAUGUGCUACAGCAGGGCUCGUGGUGAAGCUGAUGCUCAGGCUUGCAAUUGGUGCGGCUCUGAGAACCUCGCAACUUGGCAUCACAUUGCAUGGGAAUGUCCUCAUUUUGCUCAAACAAGACCUGCUCGAGUUCCUGACAGUGUUUUGACUCAGCGCCUGGGUUGGCCCUGCCGGCCUUUGAAGUCUGAGCACAACGAAGAGAUUCUGGAGCACCUGGCUACGGUUCGCGAGACCGUGCGCCGGGCUGAUGGUUUCCGCGCUCAGCCUAACAAGCCACCACUCCUCGCCUUCUUGGGUUGGUUUGCCCUUGCCCCGUUGGGGCUGGAGGUGGCCACCAGCAUCAACAUGUGUGAGAACCAGAAGUUCCCACCCGCCGAGAAUCCAUUGCGGCCGGCCUAUCUGAAGUACAAAAGCCUGAAGACAGGUCUGGAGUACUGCCAGUAUGGCAAGGUCAAGGAUGGUGAUGUCAUCACGGACUGUGCAGCAGUUCCAGCUGAUGUCAUGAGCAGUGCCACUGCGACUGCUGAAGAGAAGAGCCCGUAUGCGCCUUCAGUCUUGGCCAAAUGUGUAUGCACCACUGGAACCGAGUGCAACGGAAUGAUAGCGAACGCAGGCGUUGUUGCAGUUGCGUCCACCAUCUUCGUUCGCAUCGCCCUAGGCACCCUCCUGGAGCGCUUCGGUCCAGUGAACGUGCAAGCCAGAGCCACUUUCGUGACCAACCAGUUCUGGUGUUCCUUGAUGUUCGCGCCCAAUGUGAUUGGAACUGCGAACGCUACAGCAGCCGGAUGGGGAAAUCUGGGCUGUGGUGUCACACAGAUCUUCAUGAUUUCCGUCCUCUUUAACCCCAUGGUAAGCUCGGGAAUGGCAGCUGACACAGCCUGGCGAGUGGCCAUGAUCGUGCCUGCCGUUCUCUUUAUCAUCACGGCGGUGAGCUUGAAGCUGCUGUGCUGGGACACCCCCACCGCAAAGAGGUUCGACGUGUCCGUGACGGGCAAGACCAAGAAGCCAUCCCUGUGGGACUACGUUGAAGUGUGUACUCGGCUUGUUUCGGCACGGAGCUGGCGGCCUCUCAAGGCGACGCUCCCCACCGGCGCCGUAAUUGAGAAGAACGAAGGACAGGGCAACUGCCUGCCUGCUGCUAUCGCGCAAGCGUUGUCGGACUUUACUGGCAAGCCUCGUUCCCAGAGGGGGGUGAGGCGGUCAAUGGUCGAAUGGAUGCGCGCCCACUCUUUGCAUCUCCAGCCUCUGUGGGAUCAACGGAAUGUGCAGGACGAGCUGACGACAAACUCUUUCGAGGAAUACCUGUCCCAAGUUGAGCAAGUGAAUGCUUACUGUGGGUUACUUGAGGUGUACGCCCUGUCCAAGGGCCUUCCUGCUAACAUUUUAGUGAUUGAUGAGACCGCGGGCCACCACAUUCGCUUCGCCUCUCAAUCCGAUACCGACCCGUUCAUCGUGCUUCGUUACGCCGCAAAGCAUUACGAAUGGGUCCGUUGUGACCCCGCGGCCCUUGUCGAGAUCUGGACUGGCGCGGCCACGGGCAAGACUGUUGGCGGAAGAGGAGGCGGACCAGCGGACUCCUCUCUCAGGUCUUGCAGGUUCAUGCAGGUCUCCACGGAUUCUGAGGCUGAGUUUUCUGGUCAGGCCAAGGUUGGAGGCCCACAGACUAUCGCUCAGGAUGGGGGGGCUGAGGAUGGCAAUCCCCUCGCGAGUUCCAGCUUCAUGCAGGUCCCCACUGACAUUGAGGCUGAGUUUCCUCACCAUGCUCACACUGCUAGGCCCAAGACCUUCAUGCAGAUCGACAGUGCUUCGGAAAUUGGGACGACUGCGCCCGCCCCUGCCAAGCGCCCCAGUCUGGAUGCCGAGGUUUCUUCUGGCACUUGUAAGCGACAAAGGAAGGACAACAGCGUUUACAGUCAGCAGACUGACACCAGUGCUGCGCCUGCCAAGCCCAACAGGGCCCCUGCGGCUUCUGGUGCCCGCAAGCCAGUGCGCGACACGUGGACCUGGUUCUGUAAGUUGUGUGGUUUCACUGUUCGGGCCCCCUCUAAAAGCCAGGCCAGCCAAGGCCGUAGCAACCACCUUAACCGCCUUCACCCUGGCUUGUCCCAGGAGGAACGGGCUAAACUCCACAAGGUCAGAGUCGAAGCCGAAGUUGUUGCUCCCUACAAAGGUGAGCUGCAGGUCGGAGGAUGGAUGUGCUUCAAGUGUAAACGCGUUUUGCCGCCUCUGAAGCACUCGGACAGGCAGGCCAGCAUUCGCAUGCACAUGCAAUCCUGCUAUGGCAGUAGGUGUCCCUCCCACGGUGAGAAUGCCCGCAGAGUCUUCGUCAGCAUGGGUGGCGCCUGCAGCAAAGGCAAGAAGCCCUCCCCUAAGGCCUUCAGCACUGCCAUUGUCGUGACCAAAAAGUUGCGUGAACUCCGCGAGUCUAGCCCCCACAACCUGCAAGUGGUGGGCAGCUUUGGAAAGUUUUACGCCAUCACGUGCCUCAAGUGUUGUGCCAGGUGGAAGAACCUGUACUGUUGCCUACAGGAUCAUCGCAAUCCUGAGUGCUGCCGCGACAAAAGGGCUACCAACCUUCAGAAGUUUGCCAAGCAACGAGUUCUCUUGCCUAAGGGUGUCCCUAAGCUAUUCCUGGAGGCUUGGAAGCUUCGCCCAAGUGAGGCUAACCUGGCGCGUCCUAGUGUUACUCCAGACCCUGCUGAUGCGGCGGCCUCCGCUGGCCACGACUUGGUCUGCAUUCAGGGUGAGAGUAGGCAAGCCAACAGUGUCAAGGCUGGCUACCGCCGAUGCUUUACCUGUAGAUCGUGCACUCAGCAGUGGCGAAGCAAGGCCCAAGUCCUGAAGCGGGCCAAGCAGACCCCGUGCGGUCCCGAAGCUCGCGAGAAGGCUCUGCGUGCCAAGGUGCGGUUCUGGGCCAGAAUGAGCCCGAAGUGGCGCAGCGACGUCGCUAAGGCUUGGUCCCUCUCCAGCAAGGAGAGGCGCGCCCUCGAUGCUGCUGCGGUGCCCACGCGCCGGAAGGCCUCCUGGAUUCGGGAUCUGACUGAGGAGGGAAUUCACCCUCACCCAGGGCCUUCACCAGCUUCAGCUCCAUUAGCGGUUUGGUCUCUCAAUAGCCAAGGCGCCGGCCACGCUUGGAGGGUGCUCGGUAAGGUCCAGGAGGACAAGCCCCACAUCUUUACGUUGCAGGAGCCCAACCUUGAUGCGGCUCAGGCAGAACAAAUGCUCAUCCGAUUGGGCCUCUGCGGCUACAGGGCGUGGCACCAGCCGGGCAGUCGCACGGGGACCAAUCGUGGUGGCCUGGUGGUCGCUGUUCGUGAUGACAUGCGCGCCUCCCUCUGCCAUCAGUCUGUUGGUGAGUUUGGCAACCUCAUGACUCUCAACCUUGACGCCUGGCUCCUUACCGUCGUGUGGCGACGGCCCUCGCCUGACACGGGUGAUGCCAGCUUUGUGCAAGCCCUGGCCGAGCACCAUGCUCUCGCGCACAAUCACCCCUGGGCUGCCACAGGUGAUUGGAACUGGUGUCCCGACGAGCACGUUUUUCUUCAAGGGGAUGAGUUCUCUGCCAGUGUUGCCCUGGAUGAAAAUGGCUUUCCUCGCCCUACCCGCAGAGAAGGGAGAGCCAUCGAUUACCUUGUUGCUCAGCAUCUGCAGGCUACCGAGCCCUCUCUUGACGAAGAGAUUUUCGGCGAUCAUUUUCUGUUUCGGGUGCAAAUCCAGCAGGACGGAGCCCUUCACAGCCGUCGCGUGCUGCGUCCCACUGCCAGUUACGUGCCGCCUGAUGGCAUGUCCGGUGACGAGUGGAGGGCCGCUGUUGCCCAGGCUUGGGGCAAGCACGAUGUGCCGGUCAGCAGCACAGAAGAGGAGUGGCACAUGCCGAGGCUUUUCGUGCGGUCCUUCGCCUCGCGCAGCAUGGCAAAGUUUUGUGGCAGGGUUAGAGAGCUUCGCAGGCUCCUGGUACUUGACCAAGACACCACGGCCAUUCGAUGCAAACUGGACGCCUGCUGGCCUCGCGAUGUCCCUCGCAGCUGUCCGUGGCCCGAAGUUGAAAGGCAUGCUCACCGUCUGCUGGACGAGUACGCCCAAGCUGAGACCCGCAAAGUCUUGCAGGCCUGGCGGGCUGAGAUGGCCAAAUGCGGGCGCCCCCCCACGCGAUGGCUCAAGCAAGAUCACUUGGCCCCCACGCCUUCGUUGUGGAUUGAGUCGGAGCCUGCUGACAUCCCCGAAGGGAAAUCAACCGUGACUAAGGAUGCCAAGACUGGCUACAUCAGCAGCAGUGUUGAAGAGAAUUUUCAUUUCCUUCGCACAUUUUGGCAACUCUACCCUAGGGUCUUUGCCCACAUGCGCCAAGUUCAUGUGCCUAAGCAAGGGGCCCUGGUUCAAAAAGGCUGCGCGGACGUGGCCAAGCUUCGGCCCAUUGUGGUUCAGAGCGUGAUGUGGCGCAUUAUCUGCUCAGCCCUUGUCCGACGUCCGGCUACUCGCGAGUGGGCUCUGCAAUGCGUGCCUGGCACCUGUUACGGCGGUCUCAAAGGCAGGGAAGCCCUACAGGCCGUGAUCGCCCUGGCCGAGCACCAUGCUGAGCACAAAGGCCCGGUCAUCACGCUCGACCUUGAAAAAGCUUUUGACACGGUUGAUCCCCGUCUGGCUUUAGAUGUCCUUGCACGAGCCGGGGCCCCCAGACAGUGGCUUUCUCUUGUCAAACGUGUCUGGCUGAAUCAGACGAGGUGGAUUCAGUAUGCCGGGCACACUCACGAAACGCCUGCCCAGGUGAAGCGCAGCAUCCCACAAGGUGAUGCCUUAAGUCCCCUAGCCCUAAUCCUUCUCCUUGCAGCCCCAGUCAAGGAUGUGGAGGCACAUGAGGCGGCCUGUGGCCUUUUGCAGUCAAACUUUGUGGAUGAUAGGGCGGCUUCCUGUCGUACUGCUGCUCAGGCCCACCGCUACAUGCAAAGGUGGACCAGGUGGUCAGCAAAGUUUGGUUUGCUUGAGAAUUUUGAUAAGAUGGAAAUCUUGGCCUCAGAGAGGCACUACGGCCUGCUGCGCCGCCUGGGUUUUGCCGCUAAGUGUCUUAAAGCUGCGAUACGUGUCUUAGGGGUUGACUUGACCGCCCGCUUGCAGGACGUCGUUAGACCGACGGCUGAGAAGCGCAACGAGGAGGGCACGGCCAUUGCUGCUCGGCUCAUGCGCAUGCCCGCUUCACUGCAUGUCAAACGCAAGCUCUGGUCUUCCCGGGUUCUGAGCAAGAUCUCCUGGGGACGGGGCCUUCGCUUGCCACGGGAUGAUGAGAUCAAUAGGUUUUCUUCCCUUUAUAAGAGGGUUACCCGCAGACCGUCCCUUGCCUCGCCCUGGCUCACCUCGCUGUUUGAAGGAAAAACACCUGGCAAGGAGAAGUCCGCCACUGGCUCUCGCAGCUCGGGUGGUGCACUGAUGCACCGUGGAAGUGGCAACACCCGGCAAGCCGUCAUGAACUUGAAGGCAUUCCGGCGCCAAUCUACUGUGAACAGACCGUCAAACGCACUUCGGCGGCGUUUCGUCAACCGGCUGUGGGCAGGUGCUGUUGGUGUAACACGGAUGCGGCUGCGCAGCGUGCCGCGCUUCACACACCUAGGUGCCAUGUCGGCCAAGUAUUCGCACGGAGCUGGCGAUGAACAACCAAUUGGAGCAUUUGGCCUUAUGAAUCUCUUUGCCAGGUCUUUGGGUGGAAUCACGAGCGACAUCCUGUUCAAGUACAUGGGAUUCCGCGGCCGCAUUUGGGCGCAAUUCUUGUCCCUCUUCUUUGAAGCAAUCUUCCUCUUUUGCUUCGGCUUAGUGGACAACUCUCAGUCGUGGUACGUGGCCUUGGCCGUGCUUGUGUGCUUCUCCCUGUUUGUCCAGAUGGCAGAGGGAACCAGCUACGGCAUCGUGCCUUUCAUGAACAGGCUUCAGCUGGCUGUCGUGUCUGCCCUUGUCGGGGCUGGAGGCAACUUGGGAGCUGUCAUUGCAGGCUUUUGCUUCUACAGGCCGAUCGAUGAUCCCUUGCUUCCAUUCCAAGUGCACGCCGGCUACGUGAUGUUCUGGGCAUUGCUGAGCCCUUGCUACUACUGGGCGGAGCACGGCGGCAUGUUCCAUGGCCCUAAGGAGGUGAGCAGAGAAGGCCACCGGAGAAACCCAGGCGUAGAAGCGCGACAAGGUACUCCUAGUGGCAACGACUUCCGUGCUUGUGUAGAGUUAGGGUUAGAGCCACUUGAGUGA